CACACUCUCGAGCCCACCUCCCCGCAUACACCCUAGGACCUGGCCCACAUUCCCGCGCACACUUGUCUCCGGCAGUUCUGGACCCUCUCUGCCUUCUCGAGCACACCUACCCCAGACACUAGCCGGAUGGAGAGCAGAAGCGCUCUCGCUCGAGGAUGCCGGAAGUGUGGGUGAAGGCGGGACUACUUUUCGCGGACCCUCGGGGCGGGCGGAGGGAUCCCGCGCAGGGCGCUCUCGCGGAGGGGCGAGGUGCCGGGCGACCCGGAGCAGUGCGCCUGCGCUUUGGCCACCGCUCCUCAGCCAGCUCGAGGGAACCGCUGCUACCUCUGUCUCGCCCCUACUAUGGCGCAGAUUCUCCCCAUCCGCUUCCAGGAGCAUUUCCAGCUGGGAAGACGCUUCAAAUCUUUAAUAUUGAGAUGAAGAGUAAAGUGAAGGCUCAUACUAUGGCAGAAGAGGUGAUUUUCUGGAAGUGGGUGUCUGUGAACACUGUUGCCUUGGUGACUGAAACUACAGUCUAUCACUGGAGCAUGGAAGGUGACUCCCAGCCCAUAAAGAUGUUUGAUAGACAUGCCAGUCUGGCUGGAUGUCAGAUAAUCCACUACCGAACUGAUGCAUACCAGAAGUGGCUGCUUCUCAUUGGCAUCUCGGCUCAGCAAAAUCGUGUGGUUGGGGCAAUGCAGCUCUACUCUGUGGAGAGGAAGGUCUCACAGCCCAUAGAAGGCCAUGCUGCUGCUUUUGCAGAGUUCAAGAUGGAGGGGAAUGCCAAGCCCUCCACCCUUUUCUGCUUUGCUGUCCGCAGUCCUGCAGGAGGCAAGUUGCACAUAAUCGAAGUUGGACAGCCUGCAGCAGGAAACCAGCCUUUCGUAAAGAAAGCUGUGGAUGUGUUUUUCCCUCCAGAGGCACAAACUGAUUUUCCAGUGGCUAUGCAGAUUGGAGCUAAUCAUGGUGUUAUCUACUUGAUCACAAAGUAUGGCUAUCUUCAUAUGUAUGACCUAGAGUCUGGCGUGUGCAUCUACAUGAACCGUAUCAGUGCUGACACAAUCUUCGUAACUGCUCCACAUGAACCUACCUCUGGGAUUAUCGGUGUCAACAAAAAAGGACAGGUGCUGUCAGUUUGUGUUGAAGAAGAGAACAUUGUGAACUAUACAACCAAUGUGCUUCAGAAUCCAGACCUGGGUUUGCGCUUGGCUGUUCGUAGUAACCUGCCCGGGGCAGAGGAAUUGUUUGUGAGGAAAUUCAAUGCUCUGUUUGCACAGAGCAACUAUGCUGAAGCUGCCAAAGUAGCAGCAUCUGCACCAAAGGGAAUUCUGCGUACCAGUGACACGGUGCAGAAGUUCCAGAGUGUACCUGCCCAACCAGGCCAACCCUCUCCUUUGCUCCAGUACUUUGGAAUCCUGCUUGACCAGGGUCAGCUCAAUAAACUUGAAUCCUUAGAGCUUUGCCGACCGGUUCUUCAGCAGGGACGCAAGCAACUCUUAGAAAAGUGGUUAAAAGAAGAUAAGCUGGAGUGUUCAGAGGAGCUGGGAGAUUUGGUCAAAACUUCAGACCCUAUGCUCGCUCUGAGUGUGUACCUUCGGGCAAAUGUGCCAAGCAAAGUUAUCCAGUGUUUUGCAGAAACAGGCCAAUUCCAGAAAAUCGUGCUCUAUGCCAAAAAGGUUGGAUAUACCCCAGACUGGAUCUUUUUGCUGAGAAGUGUGAUGAGGAUCAGUCCCGAACAGGGUCUGCAGUUUUCCCAAAUGCUGGUGCAGGAUGAAGAGCCUUUGGUCAACGUCAGCCAGAUUGUGGACAUUUUCAUGGAAAACAGUUUAAUUCAGCAGUGUACUUCCUUCCUGUUGGAUGUUUUGAAGAAUAAUUGCCCGGCUGAGGGGCACCUCCAGACUCGGCUAUUAGAGAUGAAUCUGAUCCAUGCACCCCAGGUUGCAGAUGCCAUCCUUGGAAAUCAGAUGUUUACACAUUACGAUCGGGCCCACAUUGCCCAGCUCUGCGAGAAGGCAGGUCUCCUGCAGCGGGCACUGGAGCAUUACACUGACCUCUAUGACAUCAAGAGGGCUGUGGUCCAUACUCAGUUCCUCAAUCCUGAGUGGCUCAUCAACUUCUUCGGCUCCUUGUCAGUGGAGGACUCUCUGGAAUGUCUUCGUGCCUUGCUGUCUGCUAACAUCAGACAGAAUCUUCAGCUGUGUGUGCAGGUGGCAUCCAAGUACCAUGAGCAGCUGGGCACACAGUCCCUUGUGGAGCUCUUUGAAUCCUUCAAGAGUUAUGAAGGCCUCUUCUACUUCCUGGGCUCAAUUGUGAACUUCAGCCAAGACCCAGAUGUGCAUCUGAAGUACAUUCAGGCUGCCUGCAAGACAGGGCAAAUCAAGGAGGUGGAGAGGAUAUGUCGUGAGAGCAGCUGCUAUAACCCAGAGCGGGUGAAGAACUUCCUGAAGGAGGCCAAGCUCACAGACCAGCUGCCCCUCAUCAUUGUGUGUGAUCGCUUUGACUUUGUCCACGAUCUCGUACUCUACUUGUACCGCAACAACCUGCAGAAGUACAUUGAGAUUUACGUUCAGAAGGUUAACCCUAGCCGGCUCCCAGCUGUGGUUGGAGGGCUGCUUGAUGUGGACUGUUCUGAAGAAGUAAUUAAAAACCUAAUUGUUGUGGUGAGAGGACAGUUCUCUACUGAUGAACUGGUGGCUGAAGUAGAAAAAAGAAACAGGCUAAAGUUGUUACUUCCCUGGUUGGAGUCCCGGAUUCAUGAAGGCUGUGAGGAGCCUGCCAUUCACAAUGCACUGGCCAAAAUCUACAUUGAUAGCAACAACAACCCCGAGCGCUUCUUGAGAGAGAAUGCCUACUAUGACAGCAGCGUGGUGGGCCAGUACUGUGAGAAGCGGGACCCACAUCUGGCCUGUGUUGCCUAUGAGCGGGGGACAUGUGACCUUGAGCUCAUUAAGGUGUGCAAUGAGAACUCUCUGUUCAAAAGUGAGGCCCGCUACCUGGUACGCAGAAAGGAUCCUGAACUCUGGGCCCAUGUCCUUGAGGACACCAACCCAUCUAGGAGACAGCUGAUUGACCAGGUUGUACAGACAGCAUUGUCAGAAACACAGGAUCCCGAAGAGGUUUCAGUCACUGUCAAAGCCUUUAUGACAGCUGACUUGCCUAAUGAACUAAUUGAGCUACUAGAGAAGAUUGUUCUGGAUAACUCUGUCUUCAGCGAGCACAGGAACCUCCAGAAUCUGCUGAUCCUGACUGCUAUCAAGGCAGAUCACACACGGGUCAUGGAGUACAUCAGCCGCCUGGACAACUACGAUGCCCCUGACAUUGCGAGCAUUGCCAUCAGCAGUGCACUGUAUGAGGAGGCCUUCGCCAUCUUCCGCAAGUUUGAUGUCAAUGCCUCAGCGAUCCAGGUCCUGAUUGAGCACAUUGGAAACCUGGAUCGAGCAUAUGAGUUUGCUGAGAGGUGCAGUGAGCCUGCUGUGUGGAGUCAGCUGGCCCGAGCCCAACUCAAAAAGGACUUGGUAAAGGAAGCCAUUGACUCCUACAUCAGGGCAGAUGACCCUGCCUCUUACCUGGAGGUGGUUCAGGCAGCCAAUAAGAACAACAACUGGGAGGAUCUAGUGAAAUAUCUGCAAAUGGCCCGGAGAAAGGGCCAUGAGUCCUGCAUAGAAACUGAACUUAUUUUUGCGUUGGCUAAAACCAGCCGUCUAUCUGAGCUAGAAGAUUAUAUUAAUGGGCCCAACAAUGCCAACCUCCAGCAGGUUGGAGACCGCUGUUAUGAAGAGGGCAUGUAUGAGGCUGCGAAGCUGCUGUACAGCAAUGUUUCUAACUUUGCCCGCCUAGCUUCUACCUUGGUCCACCUGGGUGAGUAUCAGGCAGCAGUGGACAGCAGCCGCAAGGCCAACAGCACCCAGACCUGGAAGGAGGUGUGCUUUGCCUGCGUGGAUGGGCAAGAGUUCCACCUUGCACAGCUGUGUGGCCUUCACAUCGUCAUUCAUGCAGAUGAGCUGGAGGAGCUGAUACAUUAUUACCAGGAUCGUGGCUACUUUGAGGAGCUCAUCUUCCUGCUGGAGGCAGCUCUGGGCCUAGAACGGGCCCACAUGGGCAUGUUCACGGAACUGGCUAUCCUCUACUCCAAGUUCAAGCCACAAAAGAUAUCCGAGCACCUGGAGCUCUUCUGGUCCCGGGUCAACAUCCCAAAGGUGCUGAGGGCCGCAGAGCAGGCACACCUCUGGGCAGAGCUGGUGUUUCUGUACGACAAACAUGAGGAGUAUGAUAAUGCCAUCCUUACCAUGAUGAGUCACCCUACUGAGGCCUGGAAAGAAAGUCAGUUCAAAGAUGUCAUUGCCAAGGUAGCCAAUGUGGAAAUCUAUUACAAAGCCCUACAGUUCUACUUGGAUUACAAGCCUCUACUCAUAAAUGACCUACUGCUGGUGCUGUCUCCCCGGCUGGACCACACCAGGACAGUCAGCUUCUUUUCAAAGGCAGGCCAGCUACCCCUGGUGAAGCCUUACCUGCGGUCAGUCCAGAGCCACAACAACAAGAGUGUGAACGAGGCACUGAACCACUUGCUGACUGAGGAGGAGGAUUAUCAGGGCUUGAGGGCAUCUAUUGAUGCCUAUGACAACUUCGACAAUGUCAGCCUGGCUCAGCAGCUGGAGAAGCACCAGCUGAUCGAAUUCAGGCGCAUUGCAGCUUAUCUGUACAAGGGCAACAACCGGUGGGCUCAGAGCGUGGAGCUGUGCAAGAAAGACCAUCUCUACAAGGAUGCCAUACAGCAUGCUGCAGAGUCACGUGAUCCUGAGCUUGUGGAGAAGUUGCUGCAGUGGUUCCUGGAGGAAGGCAAGCGAGAGUGUUUCACAGCCUCGCUCUUCACCUGCUAUGACCUGCUUCACCCAGAUGUGGUACUUGAACUGGCCUGGAGACACAACCUUAUUGACUUUGCCAUGCCCUACUUCAUCCAGGUGAUGAGGGAGUACCUUAGCAAAGUUGACGAACUGGAUGCCUUAGAGAGCCUGCGCAAGCAAGAGGAGCAUGUUGGGGAGCCCACCCCACUCAUGUUUGGCCAGCAGCUGAUGCUGACAGCAGGUCCUGCUGCCGGCCCAGCGCCUGCCAGCUUCCGCCUUGGAUACUCGAUCACUCCUGCCUUCACCCAGUCUCCUGUGUACGGCUUCAGUGUGUAGCAGGCGCUGAGUCUUCACACCCCUUCCUGCCAAGGCAUGAGCCUUCCAAGAAACAAGGCACUCCAGAAGCACAGAGGACCUCCGCUGGGAGGCAGGACACCUGGACAUUAUUUAUUUUUGCUGAAGCCUAUUGAUGCCACCUCUGAGCCAUCGAAAAGCCUGGGAAGGCCAAAGUAGACAGUGACUGCCUGAGAAGACCAACACUAGCUGCCAGCGGGGAGGUGGUUCCCUGCCUGUAGGGCCUCAAGCUGGAGCCAGGCAUGGCUAGGGACACUUGUCUGCCCGGAUUCCCAGAUGGUUAGAAGGAGGGGUGCUCUCUUCACUCCCAGAUUGGCUAGAGCUCCCCCUCCAAGCCACUUUGCAGACACAACAGGAACACCUCAUUAACAGGACUCAGCCUCUUGCUGAUUAUGAAUAUUAAAAUCGGUUUCUCAAGGCAAA